CGUGUUUGUGUUUGUGUCUGCCGCCGCCUUUUGCUCUCAACAGGUUAUGAGCCCCGCGCUCUAGCUUACUCUACACCUCCGAAACAGUCUCUCUGCUUGCUUAAACCCUCAUAAAACCUUCACAAAAAUUUCCUGUUAUCUGAUCACCCUCUCUCGGCUCAUCCACCAUGUCUGUCAUCUCUCCUGCCCUCAUUAGAGGUCUGGACAAUGUUCCCAAGCUCAUGGGAGAGGCCGAUUGGCAUGCCUUCAAGGAGCAGCUGGCCCGCUUCUUCCGCGCUAUCCAGGCUGGGUAUAUCACCUUGGACCCUGCUGCUGCAGUGCCUGAGGCCAAGAAGCCCCUCGAUGCGGAGCUCGAGUGGCUGCUCUUUAGCAAGCUUGGCCCAGACUCCAUGGCUCUGGUCAAGGAAGCUGAAGGGGGCAAGGCGCUCUGGAAGGUGCUGAAGGAGAAGUACGAGAAGGCCACACCCUGGAAGCGCAUGCAUGCUCGCAAGGCAUUCCAGCAGUGUCGCCAUGACCCCUCGCACCCCAUCGAGACGCACAUCGCCAACGUCAAGGCGCAGAAGGCCAUCCUCACUGGCCUAGGCGUCACCGUCUCUGACGACGAGGUCAUGGACGUCAUCCUCAUCAAUCUGGAUGACUCUUUCGACCAGAUAUGUAUCAACAUCCUCUCCCAAUCCUCCCUCACUCUUGAUGUCGCGAUCAGCAUGCUCACCUCGAACUCUGGUGCGGCGUUCAACGUCAAGCAGGAGGAGUUCACUCCCUUGCUCCUUGCUGUCAACGCCGCUCGCACUGGUCGUAGCCGCCAGGAGCAGGAGAGUCUGGCGGACGGGGGCCAGAAUGACCCCACUACAUUCUGGAUGGACGACAAGGAAUACUGCUGGUGCAACGUCAACAGCAGGGACUGUCACCGUUGCGGGCGCUCCGGCCAUAUCGCCGCCUUCUGCAUGUUCGCCAUGCCUGAGGCGAUCAAGCAGAAGAUCAUGGACAAGGUGCAUUUCAAUGCGAACAUGGCUGCCUCCAUGGCGGAGCUCGACGCGGAGGCCGAGCAGGUGUACCAGAUGGAGCAGGCUUAUGGCACGUAUAUUGUUCCUGCUCGUCGGUUGUCCCCCUCUCCUCCUCCUCCUUCUCCGCGUCCUGCUUCCCCCGCCCCCUCGUCCUCGGCCACCGCCCCCGUUCACCAGGGUCGUCCCCCUCGCUCGUCGAAGAACAAGCAGAGGAAUAAGACUGUUGCAACCGCACUUGCUAUGCUGUGCUACUCGCGGAAUAAGAAUUGCGGCUGUCUUCAAAAGGCGCUGUUGAUCUACCUCAAAUUCAAGGGCCUUUCCGCCAAGGUGUUUGAUACUCUGCACACACUUGGGCUAGUGAUGUCGCACAGGUGGACUGGAGAUGCAGUCGAGAAGGUCUCGAAGGCAGCAAUGGGCGAGGUCAUCACAUACGGGGAGGAGCGGCAUUGCUCAUAUCCUAUGACAACAGCAGUGCUCGACUUCCUCGAGCUCGAUGCAGCGCCUCGUCUUGCCAAGGAGAUGGCAUAUGAGGUCCUGCGUGUGCUUAUCGACAUGCCCGAGUUCGAUCUGCAGACCUACGAGCACCGGAAUUCCCCCCUCUUUGCACCACCGCCUGAUGCACGUACGCUUCCUCACGGUGCUGAGCACAUCACGAUGCAGUACAUGCUGGGGACAGAGGGAAUGCUAGAGGCGAGCUAUGAAGACCAGGAGAAGUUGAUCAUGGUGUGGCUCCAUCAGCUCGAGCUAGCGAAGGGGAAGGAGGAGGACUUCAACUCCUUUGACCAGCUGGACUGGAUGCUACCUGUCUUCGGUUUCCUACACCUCCUCAUGGCCUUUGCCAAUGGGCUGCACACACAAUAUCUUGGUUCUGGAAGUAGACGAGGCAUCUCCCAAGCCAUUGACAUCCUCAGUUGCAAGGGUCUUAGUCAUGCGCAGACAAAGGGACCAUUCUUCCAUGACCUCGAUGAGCUCCUUGAGUAUAUGCUCACUGCACAUCUGCGGCUCGACUGGCUCACCAUCACCAAAGUCGAUGACUUGACCGAGCUCUGCCUAUACACCCCCCAGAUGCUCGUUCAGCUCGCGCAGAAAAUCGUCGAGACGUGCGCAUCGAAGCAGGCCAUGGAUGCGUACUGGAUCUCCAAGGCGGAGGACAUGCGCGAUGAGCAACGGUGGCAGACGAUAAUGUUUGUGCGUGACGUGUUGCAGUACAAGGUCCUGUGCCGUGCGGUCAAAUUUGGGCGGGUUGGCAUCAUGGAGGAUAUGCUCCCUACGCUUCUCUAUUGCUUCUCUGGUGGCAAGAACCCCCGAUAUGCUAUUGAGGUCCUGGAGUUACUGCAAGGCUUGCAUCGAGAGUGGCCCCCUGAAGUUUGUGAUUAUGUUUGGCAACACUGCUGGCUUGUCAAUAUGACUGGCCAUAUUGAUGGCUUCCUGCCAGUGGAUCAGGCCCAAGAGCAUAACAUCAAGAACAUCAAGGUCUUGUACCACUUGGAAGGGCCAAACAUUGACUGGGACUACAUGAAGAAGCUACAUCCAGCGAUUCCAAUGAUCAUGCGGCUCAACGAGCAUAUGGAGAAGGAAUUUCGGACAAAUGCUCAAGGCUGCAAGCACUCCAAGCCAAAGAAGGACCUGGAUAUUGCACGCCUGCAAGGAUACUACGUUGACUUGCACAACUACGUGCCUGAGAGGUAUAUAACAGAUCGCAAUGUGAAGGGGAAGUUGAGGAAGAGGACCAACUGCGCAAAGAAUUUUUGGGCAGUGGGCUUCCGACUAGUUAAUUCCGGAACGCUGCUGGUGCGUUGGGUUGAUAAUCAGACUUUCCCCCACCGAGAGGAGAAUAUCUGGGACGAGUGGUGCCCAGGUGACUCGGAGGAUGAAGACAGCUUGUAA